AAUUAUGGUCUAUGUAUGGUUGCAGUAACUUAAAUUACCGUGAAACCUUGUGAAUAUUAUUUUCUUAUCAAAAUAAAUAAUCAAAAAAAAAAAGGUUUUAUGACUGUCGUAAAUUACAUGAGAGCAUUCUUGUUUGGUAUUUCACCAGUCAUGAUCUCAAACAAUUCGUAUAUAUUUUACGACAUUUCACGAAAAUAUAGCGCAAACUGCACGCAAUGACGCAAAAAAGAUAUUCGAAAAAAUUAACUUAAACAAAUGUACGUAGAUGGGUUUACCAUCAAACAGAUUAUAUUUUAAUAAUAUGACGUAAAAGGAGAAAAUAAAUGCAAAUAAAUAUAUAAAUAAACUGGUAUAAUAAAAUGCAUCGAAACUUUAAUUCUGAAGCUUGCACGUCUCAAAUAAAAAGGAACUUACAUCCGUAAGUCUAACUUUUCCGCACUGUUUCCAAAUUUCUUUCUUUAGCGAACGAAUAUUUAUUUCCCGAAAGAUGUUGAACAUACACUGGUAUUGCAGUACUAAUUUAAUAACUACCAAAUUCUAGACUAUUGACGUAUAAAUAAUUCAAAAUAUAUGAUGUGUGUGUGUGUCUCUCUAUCUCUCUCUCUCUGUGGAAAGAUAAAAUCGCCAAAAGUGUGAAUUUUUGUACGGAUGCAAUGAAUUUGAGAUUUUAUUUGAACAAAUGUUUUUUUCCAAGUUAUUGUGCCUCUCCUCCACGCAUGGAAAUAAACAAAAACCAAUUUACGCACAGAUUAUUUGUACAGACAAAAUUCUAUUUCCGAAAUUGUUUAAUUUUGAAACACAUUUGUUUAUUUUUGAGCUACAUCAUUCAUCAGCACCAUAUCUGCAUAUGGUUUUCGCUUUCGAAAAAAAUUCAAUUUCACUUGAAUCAUUCAGUUGAAACAGUCAAAUUCGAAAUCAAAAUGAAAUUCUUAUUAUUCGUUGCACUUCUGACCGUCGGAGUUUGCGUCGCUUCUCCGGAUCCAUCACUCCCAGUCCCACUAGUCCCAGGUGCCUCAGAUAUGCCACCAGUCCCAGUCCCAGCUGCCCCAGAAGAAGUCCCACUCCCAGGUGGCGUUAAACAUGACGGUGGAGAAUGCACAAUACCAGUUCCCACAGUUACUAAAUUGCUUGAUGGACUGGGCAGCAAUAUUCAAUCGGUUCAAGCUGCUGGCGAGUUAUUUGCUGAUUCUUUUACAAGGCGCCUCAAUUAUAAUUCAUGUUUCGAACGUGAAGAAUGUGAAAGAUGUACGUUUGCAAAAUAACAUUUUGAUUGUAAUACUAUGAUACGUAAAAACUGUGAAUGCGUAUUGCACUUCAUCUAUAUAAGCACUUAAUAAAUAUCAAGCU